CAUUCAAACUAACACUUUCCCAAGUUCCAAAGCAAAUUCCGAAUUUCCUGGAAAUUCAAACUCUUCAACAUUCAAACCAUUCCAACAUUCAAACUAUUCUUACUACAUUUUGUCAGCAUUUCAGUUCAACUUCAGCAAUUGCUUUAUCGAGUUUUAUUUAUUAUGGGUAAAGAAUUUGAUUUAUUAGCGACGCCACAACCUGUUCCAUAGUACAUUAUAGAUAGCAAUAUUUAUUACCCGUCAGUAAAAUUCCAGGCUGAAAUUAGAAGUUAACGAUUAGCCAAAGGCUUCUUCGAGGACAUACAAUUAGGAACACACCCAACUUGACACUGGGAAGUAUUGUCUGUCGCCAUGCCGCAUGUUAAGGACUUCUCAGUGGAAUAUAAUCCCAUAAGCAAAGACGAUGUGUUCACCAGCGGCGAUGACAUCACAGGAAGCAUCACAUUCCAAGUGACAAAGGACUGCAAAAUAGAGUCACUCUGGAUCAAAAUGAAGGGAAAAGCCAACGUGAAAUGGACCGAACACUACGGAAGAAUGAUCCUAGUACACCACGACAAAGAGAAAUACUUCAGUAUCAAGACUUUUCUCAUCCAGGAUGGCCAAGGUAACAAUGUUGUCACUCGUGGCCGCCACACGUACCCGUUCACCUUUCAAAUUCCCCAACAAAAUUUGCCCUCGUCAUUUAAAGGCUCGUGGGGGAAAAUCAAGUACACUCUGGAGGGAACUCUGAGCAGGCCGAUGAGGACGGACAGCAAAGCCAAACGUCGUUUUACAGUGGCCCAUAAAGGAAGCUGUGACCCGGCGUUGAUGGUUCCUCAGCGCAGCAUUGUUGAUAAGAAAAUGCACCUCUUUUCUUCAGGCUCAGUCAGCCUGGAAGUGACUAUUGACAGAUCGUGCUUCUUCCCAGGGGAAGGCAUAAAAGUGGCGGCCUACAUUCAGAACAGCUCAUCUGGAGAUGUCAGGCCCAAGUACUGUUUGUACAAAAAGUACAGUUAUUUUGCAAAAGGCAAGAGACGAGUUGAAACCAAAAACAUAGUGAAAGAGGUGGGCGAGUGCAUCCCACCUUCUACAGGCCACUUUGUCGUCAGGAUGGUCACCAUCCCCUCCACUACAUGCGCCUCCAUCUUCAACUGCAUGGUCAUCAAAGCAGAAUACCGACUUAAGGUAUACCUGGGUGUCAAGUAUGCUUCCAACCCACAGAUCAAGUUCCCGGUUGUCAUUCUACCAGUUUUGCAGAGGCCUGAUGAGCAGCCGUUUUCCACAAAUUUUGAAUUUGGUGCAAAUUCAAAGACGGGUGCCGCAAGUUUUAAGCAGGAGCCAACAGCCCCACCUCCUCCAUAUGGCUUGUAUCAAACCAUGCCUGGUUUUAAUUUGAGUUAA